AUCGCAGAACACGAUGGAGUGUUUUGUCAAUUAGGCUGACUGAUUUUUUGAGUUAUCAGCGCUAUUUAGACCAACAAAAUGGAUAUUGUAGGGUUGGUUAAAAAAUCCUACGCCGAUUACGGCACAAUGAUUAAAGAUUCCUGGUACACCAUUAGCAUUGAAGACCACCGACUCUUUUGGCUGUUCAAACUGCUCGUGGGAAUGGCGCUAGUAGCUUCUGUUUUUUUGAACUGGCGGAGACGGUAUCUCAAAAAGCUCGCGGAGAAGGCAUCGCAACUGCAGCACCAGUACGCUUCGCAGUUACGCUUCCGCAAGCGUGACAAAAUGAUGUUCUACGGGCGGCGCAUGUUGCGUAAGGUAAAGUCUAUUUCGGGUCAGGCCACGAGUGGCCAGGGCCGAAAGCGCAAGGCUGUGAUGCGGUUCGCCAAGCGGUUACUGCUUCGGAAGGACGUCACACCGACGCAGCUGCUGGUGAUCGAACCGCCGGCGGAGUAUCUGGAGGUGGCCUCGGAGGGGAACGAUCGUGUGCCGCCGGAUGCACUCUACAUGCUCCAAUCAAUUCGCAUUUUCGGUCAUUUCGAGAAGCCCGUCUUUCUGAAGCUCUGCAAACACACGGAAAUCAUCAACCUGAUAGCCGGCGAGAGUCUGAUCAAGGUGGGCGAUCCGGAUGACAGUGUGUUUAUCGUGCAAACCGGUCAGGUGAACGUGUUCCUCAACAAUCCCGACGGUAGCUCGGUCACGCUAAAGCUGGUGCGUCAGGGCGAAUCGGUGACGUCGCUUCUAAGCUUCAUCGAUGUACUGGUGGGCAAUACGAGCCAGUACAAAACGGUCACCGCCCGUGCCGUUGAACCCUCGCAGGUCAUUCGCCUACCCAUGUUUGCCUUCAAGCAGGUAUUUGACGAGUGUCCCGACCUGCUGGUGCGCGUUAUUCAGGUGAUUAUGGUUCGCCUGCAGCGUGUUACUAUAACCGCAUUGCACAACUAUCUGGGCUUGAGCACUGAGUAUAUUCAGGUAAGGAAAAUUACACCACGUGCAUCUACAUAUCACAGGAGAUCGAAAUUAUUCACUUUGAUUGACUGUUACCUCGUUUUCCAGUGCUCAUCGCAACGUAGGAAAGCGAAAAAUAGCCCUGGCCAUCGGCGGGUACCAUCGGAUCAAGUGCACCACGCAAUCCACUCACUAGUCGGUGAAAUCAAACCGGACAUGCUGGUUGAUCUGAGCGCCGAAGGAACGCACAACGUUGCCCGUCGUACGUCCACCCUACCGAACGAACCGGUCGACCAUGCGGUGCUGAAAGCGUGCGCGGUAGAUGGCUUUAUGCAAGAGCUUGGUUUGCAUGCCACGCACCAGGGUACGAUCGAGGAAAACAUCCUUAUCAAGGAGGUUUCGCCGGGAACAACGCUGGUGCAUCAGGGCAAGCUGGACGAUGUGCUGCUUAUAUUUGUCAUCAGUGGAGGGCUUACGCUCACGCAGUAUCCGCAGACCGGACCCAUCGGGAGCCAGGAGUCUGGUGCGACCGUGGCAGACAAAACAGACAAUCACACCGUUACGAUAUACCCCGGAGACGUAGUGGGCGGUCUGGCGGUGCUCACGGGAGAGUGUAGUCUAUAUACGAUCAAAGCUAAACAUAAUUCGCGUGUCGGUCUGCUUAACAAGGAAGUUAUUUACAAAAUCAUGCGAGACAGGCCUGCGGUGGUUUUGGACAUAGCGAACAGCGUUGUGAAGCGUCUGUCGCCGUUAGUACGCCAGUGCGACUUCGCGCUCGACUGGAACUUCAUCGAGUCGGGCAGGGCCGUGUACCGGCAGGAGGAAACGAGCGACUCGACGUACAUCGUGCUGAAUGGGCGCCUUCGCUCGGUGGCUACGAAUGCGAACGGCAAGAAGGAGAUCGUCGGCGAGUACGGCAAGGGUGACCUGAUCGGCAUCAUUGAAAUGAUCACCGAAACGCCGCGUACCACGACGGUGAUGGCGGUGCGCGACUCGGAGCUGGCCAAGCUCCCGGAGGGCCUGUUCAACGCGAUCAAGCUGAAGUAUCCCAUAGUGGUGACGCAACUGAUCAGUCUGCUAAGCCAUCGGAUACUCGGCUCGAUGCGCUCACGUCCCAUCUCGACCAGCACGUUCACGUCGGUGCCGUUCGACACCAAUCAGCAGAUCCAGCACCGCUACUCGACGGUGGCGAUCGUGGCGAUCAGUGACGACGUGCCGCUGACUGCGUUCACCUACGAGCUGUACCAUUCGCUCAGCACGAUUGGCUCGACCGUGCGGCUCACGUCGGACAUCGUACGCCGUUCGCUGGGUACGAACAUCAUGGAGCAGCCGAACGAGUACCGGCUGACCAGCUGGCUCGGCCAGCAGGAAGACCGGCACAACAUCACGCUGUAUCAGUGUGACAACACGUUCGGCCAGUGGACGCAGCGGUGCCUGCGCCAAGCGGACGUCAUACUAAUCGUCGGCUUCGGCGAUCGAUCACCGGUGAUGGGCAAGUUGGAGCGCGAGAUCGAUCGGCUCGCCAUCCGCACGGCCAAAGAGUUGGUGCUACUGCACUCGGAGGACAGCAAUACCCGGCCGGCCAAUACAAUCAGCUGGCUGAAUAUGCGAGCCUGGGUAUCGCGCCACCACCACAUUCAGUGCCCGAAACGAAUGUUCAUCCGCCGAAGCCAAAACAGAAUCAUCGAACUUUACGAGCGGGUGAUGAUCACCCAACCGUACAUCCACUCAGACUUCUCUCGCCUCGCACGUUGGCUCACCGGCAACUCCGUCGGCCUGGUGCUGGGCGGUGGUGGAGCGCGGGGCGCAGCCCACGUUGGAAUGCUUAAGGCCAUCCAGGAGGCGGGCAUUCCCAUCGAUAUGGUCGGCGGGGUUAGCAUCGGUGCGUUCAUGGGGGCGCUCUGGUGCAUGGAGAAGAACAUCACGACCAUGACGCAGAAGGCUCGCGAAUGGUGCAUGAAAAUGACCCACUGGGGACGCCAGCUGCGGGACCUUACCUACCCGAUUACUUCCAUGUUUACCGGGCGCCACUUCAACCAGACCAUCCGUAGCACGUUCGGUGAUAUCUGCAUCGAGGACCUCUGGAUUCCCUACUUCACCCUGACGACCGAUAUCUCCGCCAGCUGCGCCCGCAUACACACGCACGGGUCAACGUGGCGUUAUGUUCGCUCCUCGAUGUCGCUCAGUGGAUACAUGCCACCGUUGUGCGAUCCGAAAGAUGGACACCUACUGCUGGACGGUGGUUACGUCAAUAACCUGCCAGCGGACGUCAUGCGGGCCCAGGGAGCCGCUCAUAUCAUUGCAAUCGACGUCGGUUCGCAGGACGACACAGACCUGACCGACUACGGUGACGAUCUGUCCGGCUGGUGGCUGCUCUACAAACGCUGGAAUCCGUUCACGUCGCCGGUGAAGGUCCCCAACCUGCCGGACAUCCAGUCGCGAUUGGCCUACGUGUCCUGCGUGCGCCAGCUCGAGGAGGUGAAGAAGAGCGACUACUGCGAGUACAUACGCCCACCGAUAGACAAAUACAAAACCCUCGCAUUCGGCAGCUUCGACGAGAUCAAGAACGUCGGCUUCGAGCACGGCAAGGCGUUCUUCGAGGACAUGGCGCAGAACGGGCGCCUGACGCGCUUCAACCAAUGGUCCGUGCAUCCCAUUCCAAAGAAGACAAACCACUCACUUAGCGAAUAUUCCUUCGUUGACCUGGCGCAAAUCGUGUGCAAGGUGCCGGAAACGUACCCAGAGCGCGGCUACUCCUCCAGCGAGGACGACUACUACGACGGUUACGCGUCGGAACCAUCCGGCAUACCGCUGAAGAAGGGCAUGCAGAUCGUGCGAUCCGCCGGCUCGCUGUCGCUGUCCGAGAACGAGAUGGACUCGGACGAGCUCGAGAUACCGCGGCCGUUCCAGCCGCUGCAGACCAGCGGCAGCCGUGCGCUGGUGGGCGAUCGGAAAGAGUAGCCUCCACCCCCUCUGGCCCCGCCGGCCCUCCCGUUCUCGAAUUCUUAGUUACCUAUGCCAAUGUCUUAAUAAUAGAGCGAACUUUUUUUUGCGUGUGCUUUCUUUUGUCCUGAGCCAUAUCAUCUCACACGGUUUUCUUUUACAAUCGUUUCAAAUAAACUCAUUUUAA